CUCGUGCGUGCAACAACAGGCAGCAACGACGGGAUGUCGUGAGAAAGAGGAUCCAGUGGGUGAAAAUUAACACUUGUCACCGUUAAUUUUAUGGUAAACUCAACUUGGUCGACAGACGACCAUUACCACUUGACGAUACGACAACGUGCACAGCCCGUGCACCACGCUUGAUACACGACAGGGAACUUGCCCUACGACGAAACGGCAGAGGAUAAACGGAUCUAUUUUAAGCAACGCAACUUACCCGAAGAUAUGAGUGGAAGAAAGCGCGAACGUUCAGAACACACAUCACAUAAAGUGAUAGAAAAACGGCGCCGUGAUCGUAUCAAUAGUUGUUUAGCCGAACUCAGCCAAGCUGUUCCGUCAAUCUUCGGUAAACAGACUUCGGGUAAACUAGAAAAGGCCGAAAUACUUGAGAUGACCGUGAAAUAUCUCCGUGUGUUGCAGCGCUGUGGUGUAGCUGGACGGUUCGAAACAGGUUCGGAGCUAAAGCAUAGGGAUGGGAAAUAUGACAGAAGUAUGCCUAACCAAUACAACGCGGGGUACAGCGAAUGUCUUAAAGAGAUUAUUCGUUAUCUAACAGAAGUUGAAGGCCUAAGCCCUUCAGACGACAAAUAUCAAAAGAUCGUUCAUUUUUUACGCAGCCGCCAAGAUUCCCCGCAACAUAGUUCAUUUCAAGAUUAUUACAGGAAUUUUACUUGUUCAUCUAACCCACCGCAACCACAUUUACUUCCAGGGCUACGUGUAGCGCAGUCGCAUUCAAUGGUAGCACUGCCGUGUUACUUGGACUUCAAAUACUCCAGUCCAAACUUGAACGAUGUGUCACCGCAGAAGCCACACUACAAACCUCCAAUAGAAAUUAGAGCACCACCCGAAUUAAUCGUUUCAGAUGGCCCCUCACUACCUCAGGAACCCUCUCCAAUAUUUACUGAAGACAUGUUGUCACCGCUACGCGCAACGCCAACACUAUGGCGCCCAUUUCCAGUCAAUGCGCAUGCACUAAGCAACGUACAAAGACAGCUUUUCCAGCCCCGCCCACUAUGUUUAUUUGGUAGUAAACUUAAGGUAGAGAACUUCACUCCCGAGUCUCUGUGAAGAUAUAGGCUUAUGACGCGCUUAGGGCUGAUAUGACGUUUAAUUACAAAAUGUUAGUGAACAUUAAAUACAACGAAGAAUGAUUUAAUUCUAAAAACAAUACUGAACAUCCCCACCAAUCAACGAAAUUCUGCUACGUAGGCCUAAUGAUAGUAAAGCUAAAAUUAAAGCGCACGCAACACAUUUUCAGGAGUUCGGGCAGGGGGAGGUUGUUAAGUCAACUCUAUAGCAUGACGAUCUUAUCUGUUUGAUGUGUGCUUUGUAUAGACUAGAUUAAAGACGAUACCCAAAGGCGACUUUUUUUUUCUUUGUGUAGGCUCUAUUGCUGAAAAACGGUUUAACAAAAAAAAAAAAACAA